AUGUCUCCACGCAAGAGCCAUACCCCACAACCAUCCUCCAGUUUUCUGAACGAAGAGAGAUUAAGCAAGUCACCCACAAAAUCCUUCGCAAAUCCUCUCGAUGAAACUACUACCAAAUCUUCUAUCAAAAGUUCUGAUAUCUCUAGAAAAUUCUCUGUUCCUCCGAAAUGGAUAGAUCAUGGGCUUGAAGGUGAUUGGAAUCAUCCCGAUAGUAAUGGUUCAGUUGUCGCGCAUGCUUUCGGUCUUGGCCCAGGACGGCCUAUUCUAGAGGAUGAACAGGGUCAGAUUAUGAUCUUUGAAUCUGGCAAGAAAUUUUACUUAUGGGAUGAGAUGAAUAAUGAAAUUUACGAGUUUGCCUGCCAGGAUCUGGGUGAGAUCUAUCAUGCUCUGCAUAAUGGAGGACUGCGGAAACUGAACAGAUGGCUCCUAAAGGAGGUUGGCGACCUUACUCAUUAG